GCAAUGUGACAGCCCGCUAAUAUGAAGGAGAAGGGCUACUGAUGUGAAAUGACAAGUGAAAACAGGAUGGUGUGAAUCUGCCUCACUGAGAAAUGAGAGCUGUCCUUCGUAUUUUGGUGACUUCAGACUUUAAUUGUUUUUUGGACAUCUUUUUAUUGAUAGAGUUGGCCAGGCAGCCGCAAUGAUGGCCGUGCGAUUCUCAAGUGAUGUGUCUUGCAGACUCGAAGUCGAAGGUAGAAAUUCGGCCAUGAAAGUUGAGGGUUCCCCGUGGCCACAACAAGACAGUGGCAAUGUUCUGUACAUAGACUGUUCCUACCGUUCUCUGGGUUCCUUUCCACUUUGCGUACUUAAUUUGGAGCAUCUGGAGGAGUUGCAUGUGGAGGGGAACUUCCUCUGUUCGAUACCCUCCUCAAUUUCCCGCUUAAGAAAUCUCCGUAGUCUUUACCUGCACGACAAUCUUUUGAGUGACGUUUGCGAAGAGCUUGGUCAGCUCUCGCAAUUACAUUCUCUGGACCUGAGUAACAAUCCACUGAAGUGUCUUGAACAGAUGCAGAACGUGGUGAGUCGCCUGCGUGGCUUGCGCGAGCUCAGGUUAUACAAAUUGGGCCUGACAGAUAUCCUGGACUUCAUAUGUAAAAACCUCUUCAGACUGGAAAUUCUGAGCUUGUCAGAGAACGCCCUCACCUCAGUCCCUUCAGAAAUCAGCAACCUUUUAUUUCUCAGAGAGAUAUAUUUGAAAAACAACUUGCUCCAGGGCUUCCCAGCGGAAUUAGGCAAGCUGCCUUGCUUGGAAAUUAUUGAUGUUGAGCAAAAUCAAAUUGCUUCACUCUCAUCUGAGGAUUGUGGACCUUCUUGGAGGAAACUGUUUGUGGCCUGUAACAAGCUACCAUCUCUCCCUCAAUCUCUUUGCGAGUUUGGCCACCUCACAGUCCUGGAGGCCUCAAGUAAUGCUCUAACGCAGCUGCCUUGUUUAAGUGCACUGACAAGCCUGGCAGAACUGGGGCUUUCAAAUAACAGCCUGGCAGAAUUCCCUCCUCGGGUUUGCAAGCUCACAUCUUUGCAAGUGCUAUAUAUGAAGAAUGUGUGCUUGAAGGAGCUCCACCCCAGUCUUGUCGAUCUCCAGGCCUUGUGUGUGCUGGACCUCAGUCAGAACCUCCUCACAGAAUUUCCGGCGGAGAUACUGUCACUUGUCAACUUGGAGGAGUUGAGCCUUGAUGACAACCAACUGGAUGUGAUCCCUGAAGGCGUGAGAUCAUUAUCUAAGCUCAAAACCCUUGGUCUGUCUGGAAAUCAGUUUUCUGCCUUUCCAUCUGCCAUCUGUGAGCUGCGUCAGUUAGAGAAGCUUUAUCUCGGCCAAGACCAAGGCAAGAUGUUCACUUCCCUUCCACAAACCAUCUCUCAGCUGACUAAACUGAGAGAAUUCUACAUGGAAAACAACGAUUUGGUGGGACUGCCAGACAGUCUUGGCAAGAUGCAAAAACUGCAGGUCUUGGAUUUACACAACAACAAACUCCAAGUCCUUCCAAAAUCAAUUGCUUCAUUGAAAGGUCUCAAAAGGAUUCAUCUUCAUGCUAACAACCUCAGUACCCUCCCUGUGGAAAUGUCAAAACUUCCAAACCUCUUAAUACUUACACUUGCUGAAAAUCCCAUGACUGACCCGCUACCAGAAGUCUGCGAACAAGGAGCCACAGCUGUCAUCUGCUAUCUGAAAGAGAGAAUUCGCAGAGUCGACAAGACAUUAAAGAUCCAGGCCUGGUGGAGGGGGAUAAUGGUGAGAAGGAAGCUGGGCCCACAUAGGGAUCCAGGGAUGCCGAGAGGCGGCAAAGACUCAAAGGACUCCAAGGACAAGGCCCCCAAGGGGAAGGACAAGAAGGCACCACACAAGAAGACUGGAUAAGCACUAUUUGAGCAGAUCACUAAAAAAAGGGCAUCUAUUGUGGAUCUCA